AUGUCCAGCUUCGAACGACUAUCGAACAUAUCGAAACAUCUGAGUACUCAAGACCAUAUCCCGACGUCAACAUCCAUGGCAAAGACCAAGAACUUCGAGGUAGCCAUCAUUGGAGGUGGGAUUGCAGGUCUAACCCUGGCAAUUGCGUUACACCACCGUGGUAUCCCCACCACGAUCUAUGAGCAGGCACCUCAGUUUGGCGAAAUUGGUGCCGGUGUGUCCUUCAGCCCCAACGCGGUUCAGGCAAUGAAAGUCUGUCACCAAGGGGUAUACGAUGCGUUCGAGAAAGUCUGCACUCGCAAUAUCUGGCCGUCGAAAGAGAAGGUCUGGUUCGACUUUUUCAACGGUCUAGCAGAUCCUCCCGAGGGCCGCAAAGGACAAGACAUAGCCUUCAGCGUCAAGACCAAAAAUGGCCAGAACGGUGUACACCGCGCAAGGUACCUCGAAGAGAUGGUGCACUUGGUUCCAAAGGAAAUCGCUCGGUUCGGCAAGAGGCUGAAGGAGAUCGAGGAAAGCAGCAAUGGCAGAUUGGUGAUGGAGUUCGAAGAUGGGACGACUGCAGAAGCCGAUGCCGUUAUCGGUUGCGAUGGUAUCAAAUCGACCGUAAGGAAGAUCAUCGUCGGCCGAGAUCAUCCUUCUGCGCAUCCAGUGUAUACACACAAGUAUGCAUACCGGGGUCUAGCCCCGAUGGACAAGGCGAUUGAAGCAGUUGGUGAAGAGCUAGCGCAAAAUUCAUGCCUGCAUAUGGGCCCUGAUGGCCAUGUCUUGACAUUCGCUGUCAACCACGGCGAAACGAUGAAUAUUGUUGCGUUCCGAACGACUCCAGAAGACUGGCCAGAUUUCAACAAGCUCACGAGACCUGCGAAACGGGAAGAGGCCCUCCAUGACUUUGCGGAAUAUGGGUCCAAUGUCAUCAACUUGUUGAAAUUGACGAAACCCGUCCUUGAUGUGUGGGCCAUAUUUGAUCUCGGAGACCAUCCCGUUCCUACCAUGUGCAAGGGACGUAUCUGCAUCACCGGAGAUGCUGCGCAUGCAACGUCACCACAUCACGGUGCAGGCGCGGGGAUCUGCAUUGAGGACAGCGCUGUCCUCGCUGAGCUUCUAGCAGACCAAUCUGUCCAAACGCCUCAAGAUCUGAAGGCGGUGUUCGCGACCUUCAAUGCCGAAAGGAAAGACAGAGGUCAGUGGCUGGUACAAGCCAGUCGACAUAUCGGCGACUGCUAUGAGUGGCGAGCGGAGGGGGUCGGAAGGGACUUUGACAAAAUCGAGUCCGAAAUCAACAAACAGAACGCCAUCAUUGGAGAGUUCGACGUGACCAAAGCGUGUGAAAAGGCAAGAUUGGAGCUUCAUAGAAGACUGAAAGGCUGA